AUGUACCCAAAGCGAUACUUGAGCCUUUUGGCUCUGGCUCUCAGUCUUCCUCUCGCAGCUCUUGCUGCCCCCGCCCACCAGCCUUUCGUUGCCGGCUCGAGCGCAAACGCAUACUCUCCUUCCACUCAGUUUGCUCCUUUGACCGCAAACCCUGAGCUCGAGACCAUCCCUGGCUCUUACAUGGUCGUUCUCAAAGACGGCAUCAGCUCCAACGACUUGUUCGCUCACCAGGGCCUCAUUUCGUCCGCUCAGCUUUCCGCAAACAGCUUCCACGGCGAGAACGCAGAGGGUAUCCGACACGUCUACAACCUUGAGCGUCACCUCCAGGGUUACGCCGGCAGGUUCACCGACGAUGUCCUCGACUACAUCCGUGCUCAGCCCGAGGUCGAGUACGUCGAGAUGGACACUAUUGUUUCCGUCGACGUCAUGCCUCAGACCGAGGACAAGGUCUGGGAGGUCAACUACGACCACAACCUUUCUCACGCCGCUCAUUCUGCCAUGAACCUCGGCAAGGUCGGUCCCUACGAUAUCGAGAAGGGCGCUCCUUGGGGUCUCGCCCGUAUCUCGCACCGCAAGCGUCUCGGCCUGAGCACCUUCAACAAGUACCUUUACCAGCGCGACGCUGGUGACGGCGUCACUGCCUACAUUAUUGACACUGGUAUCAACAUCAAGCACGUCGAGUUUGAGGGCCGUGCCCGAUGGGGUAAGACCAUGCCCCAGAACGACGUUGAUGACGAUGGCAACGGCCACGGUACCCACUGUGCUGGAACCAUUGGUUCGCGCAAGUACGGUGUUGCCAAGAAGGCCAACCUCGUUGCCGUCAAGGUGCUCGGCUCUGGUGGUUCCGGUUCCAUGUCGGACGUCACUGGUGGUGUCCUCUGGGCUGUCGAGGACGCCAAGAACCUCACCGCUCAGUUCAGAGCCAACCCUCGCUCCGCUGCUGCCAAGAAGCACAAGGGCUUCGUCGCCAACAUGUCGCUCGGUGGUGGCAAGUCGCCUACCCUCGACAAGGCCGUCAACGGUGCCGUCAGCAACGGUAUGCACUUUGGUGUUGCUGCCGGUAACGAGAACCAAGAUGCUUGCAACGUCUCGCCCGCUGGUGCUGCUAAGCCUGUUACUGUCGGUGCCUCCACCGUCCAGGACGAGCGUGCCUACUUCUCCAACAAGGGCAAGUGUGUCGACAUCUUUGCUCCUGGUCUCAACAUUCUUUCCACCUGGAACACCGGCCCCACUUCGGUCAACACCAUUUCUGGUACCUCGAUGGCCAGCCCUCACAUUGUUGGUCUCCUUGCUUACCUUCUAUCCAUCUACGGCACUGAAGACUUUAAGGCGCUUGCUGGUCCUUCUGAGCUCUCGCUCGCCGAGGUCCAAGACUCGCUUGCUUCCAAGCUCUCGAGCAUCAUGCCCAUCCCCGCUAUGGCUCUUGACCUUGUCAGCAGUGUUACCAGCUACUUGUCCAACGCUCAUCCUACUGGCAAGCUCGAGAUCGACGGUGUCCUCUCGCCCAACGAGCUCAAGAAGGCCCUUAUCAAGCUUGCCUCGCCCAACGUCUUGACCGGUCUUGACUCUGACACUGUCAACAAGCUUGCUUUCAACAAUGCCACCUUGUCGGCUUAA